UUUUGUGCAAUAAUUAUUCCUAUUCCGGUUAACGUUUGUAUAUAAGAAUCGAUCGCUGGAGAAGUGUAUCAUUCGUUUUUUUAUUGUAUACACGAGAUUUGAAAAAAUGAAAAUUGUCGCGUUGGCAGUUCUGGUGUUCAGUGUGGUGGCCAAUGGGCAGGAUGAUGGUCGGUACCGGCCAGGCGUGUACGGCGGCGACGAUGGGCGUUACAGACCUUCCCAAGAAGGAAGAUAUGUCCACGUCGCAGACAACAGAGUCGCCUAUAGCCAGUACAACCCAUACGUGGUCGAGCAGACCAGGGUUGUGCCACGAUACUACCGUCCUCAAGUGGCGGUAGCCCCCGUGAUUCCCGCUGCUACAGCUGCCCCCGUUUACUACGCUCAAGCAGCCCAGCCUUAUACCAGGAUAAGCCAAGACAGUGAGCGGUACGCCAGGAUCCUGAGCCAAGGUAGCGACGUCGACAUUGACGGCUACCGGUACUCCUACCAAACCGAGAACAGAAUCAACGCCGAAGAAGCUGGAAAACUCGAAAACACACCGACUGGUCCCGCGAUCAGAGCUAGUGGCUUCUACGAAUAUGUCGGCGAUGAUGGCGUCACUUACAGAGUCAACUAUGUGGCUGACGAAAACGGUUUCCACCCUAGUGGCGCACAUUUGCCGCAAAAUCUUCCCGUCUAACUUAAUUCAUAAUAAGUAAUAUAUAGAACCAAUCACCAUUAUUUAAAUAUAUAAUUAUAUUAUGUUUUAACGGC